CUCUCCAAUGUUUUAAAUGUUUUGCUUUUAACCACACUUCCACGAACUGUCAAAAAAAUAUUAGUGGUAAAUGUAGUAACCCCAAACACGAAAAUAACUGCAGCAGUGAUAUUAAAUGUAUCAACUGCUUAGGGUCACAUCCAGCUUGGUCACGCUCCUGUCCAUAUUUCUUAAAAGAAAAUCAGAUACAAACAGUAAAAGUUACAGAACGGGUUCCGUACAUAAUAGCGAAAAAGAAGGUCGAAGCGAUAACUCAUACAGUCUCGGACUCUAGGGAAACCUAUUCCCAAGUAUUAAAUUCUCCAAAUUCUUCCCAAAACGCACAAAUAGACAGGUUAACAACAAUUAUAGAUUCUCUGGCAAUUAAAAUCAAUGAGCUAGAAACUAAAUUAUGUAUGAUUCCCUCCAUCCUCAAUGUGGCUGUCUCUGAAAAUCCUGAUAACACAAAUCAUCCUUCUCCUACAAAUCUAAUCACACAAAAUUCUGAAGAAAAUAAAACUGACAAUACAUAUCAACCACAUCACACUGAAAUCCACUUAACCCCAAAACAGACAGACAAACCAAAACACACUGAAUCUGGUAACUCUGAAGAAGAUAUGUACAAUAGUCUAUCCGGAACGAAUAAAAACUUAGAUCCUUUCCUCAACACAAAAUCCAUUCCAAAUCCUCUCAAACUCAAUUCUGAAUCUCCAGCUCCUCAACAACAACGAAAGAGAACAAAAGCUUUGAAACAACUCAAAUAA